ACCCAGCCUGGGUAAACUCCAUACCGUCUAUGGUGGUAAACUCCUUCAAUGAGCCUCCACCGGGGCUCAUGCGCAGUACUUGACGUUUCAAAGUUGCUUCUCCGGGUGUUUGAACAGGAAGGCGGACAUGUUGGUCAGGCGGUGGGAGAAAAUCGGGCAUCGUUUAGUUUUUCGAAAAAUAACAUAGCUAACGUUAGAUCAAAACCAGAUUUAUCUAUGUAGAACCAGAAAGUUUUCCUUCUGUAUCGGUCAAUAUCGAUGGCCGAUGACAAUGUGAGGCUUACAGCGAACGGACGGCAAUGAAAUGUUGUAACAAGACGGUGUUUUAAACUGAUCGAAAUUUGGAAGGAUCAUUGUUUUUCCGCCACUUCUACUUUGCAGCUGUCAGACUCGUUUAUUGUUUUUUUUUUGCAAGGGCCUUACACUGAUAUAUGGACACAAGCCUGGGAGUAAUGUGGCUACUUUUCAGCCUAUCGGAUUUUUAAAACUGUAUUUAAGUUUUACUCUUUGGAUGUAUUGAUAUAUUUUUAAAUUCUGCACAACUCAUCUGCGGCAUCCUGUGGACGCCGACUAAUCUGUUGAUGCAUUUAGCCAAGUUAACUUGCUAACGCUAGCUAAAUUAACUUCUUUUGAAUUGCUGAAGUUGUCUGCAAAACCUGUCUGAACUGGGGAAAUAUUUUAUCUGAAAAUGUGGCUUUUGAACAUCAAACGCCACUUUAAACGUUUCAUGGUCAGUGAAAAAGAGAGAAGAGACACGUUUCUUUGAUUGAAUCUGCGGGUUCUUUCUAAACACUUGAGUACACGCAAAGGAAAUAACAUUAGGCUAAAUAGCUACGUUAGCACUUGAGCUAGAUUGCUAACUCGUUUUAUUUAGCUAUAGCACCGGCGUGGAACUCUACUUGUCUGCAAAAAUGUCGGCUGGAGAAAGUUUGGAAGCUCGUUUUGAGAAAAUCGAUGCCAUGUUGAAGGACCCGAAGUCGGAAAUAAACACGGAUUGCCUUUUGGAUGGCUUGGAUGCGUUGGUGUACGACCUUGACUUUCCAGCCUUGAGGAAAAACAAAAGCAUCGACAACUUUUUGAAUAGAUAUAAGGACACCAUCAGUAAGAUCCGGGACCUGCGGAUGAAAGCAGAGGACUAUGAGGUGGUCAAGGUUAUCGGGAGGGGUGCUUUUGGAGAAGUGCAGUUGGUAAGACACAAAGCCACCAGGAAGGUGUACGCCAUGAAGCUGCUUAGCAAGUUUGAAAUGAUCAAAAGGUCGGACUCUGCUUUCUUCUGGGAGGAGAGGGACAUCAUGGCCUUUGCCAACAGCGCCUGGGUUGUGCAGCUGUUUUAUGCGUUCCAGGAUGACCGUUACCUCUACAUGGUGAUGGAGUAUAUGCCCGGCGGAGACCUGGUCAACUUGAUGAGCAACUAUGACGUCCCCGAGAAGUGGGCCCGUUUCUACACCGCUGAGGUGGUGCUGGCUCUGGACGGGAUCCACGCCAUGGGCUUCAUACACAGGGACGUGAAGCCUGAUAACAUGUUGCUAGACAAAGCGGGCCACUUGAAGUUGGCAGACUUUGGGACCUGUAUGAAAAUGAACAAGGAUGGUAUGGUACGAUGCGACACAGCAGUGGGAACACCAGACUACAUUUCGCCAGAGGUACUAAAAUCCCAGGGAGGAGAUGGAUAUUACGGCCGGGAGUGUGACUGGUGGUCCGUGGGAGUCUUCCUGUACGAAAUGCUCGUUGGUGACACACCGUUCUAUGCUGACUCGUUGGUGGGAACGUACAGUAAGAUCAUGAACCACAAGAACGCCCUGACCUUCCCUGAUGACAGCGACAUCUCCAAGGAUGCCAAGAACCUUAUCUGUGCCUUCCUGACUGACAGGGAGGUAAGACUGGGUCGCAACGGGGUGGAUGAGAUCAAGAGACAUCCUUUCUUCAAGAACGACCAGUGGACAUGGGAGAACAUCCGAGACACAGCGGCCCCGGUGGUGCCUGAGCUGAGCAGCGACAUCGACACCAGUAACUUUGACGACAUCGAGGCGGACCGGGGAGACGAGGAGACCUUCCCCAUACCAAAGGCCUUCGUGGGCAACCAGCUGCCCUUUGUGGGCUUCACCUACUACAGCAGUCAUCAGUUUUCCCGGAGCUCCAGCACCAAGAGUGUUGACAAACGCAGCAGCUCCACCAAGGAAGACAAGAGCCAUCUGGAGAACCUGCAGAAGAGGAUCUACCAGCUAGAAGAACAACUCCACAGUGAGAUGCAGCUGAAGGACGAAAUAGAGCAGAAGUGCAGGGCCUCGAACACAAAGCUUGACAAGAUCAUGAAAGAGCUGGACGAGGAGGGCAACGUGAGGAAGGGUGUGGAGGCCAGCGUGUCCCUGCUGGAGAAAGACAAGAUGAUGAUCCAGCACCGAGCCACCGAGUACCAAAGAAAGGCCGACCAGGAGGCAGAGAAGAGACGCAACUUGGAGAACGAGGUGUCCACUCUGAAGGAGCAGCUUGAGGACAUGAGGAAAAUCUGCCAAUACUCUCAGGCCUCGAAUGACAAGAUCCUACAGUUGCAAAAUCAGCUGGAGGAGGCCAAUGACCUGCUGCGGGCAGAGUCGGACACGGCGGCGCGGCUGAGGAAGAGCCACACGGAGAUGGCCAAGUCCAUGAGCCAGCUGGAGGGGCUGAACCGCGAGCUGCAGGAGAAGUGCCGUUCAUCUGACGGGGGGAGGGCCCAGCUGGAGAAGGAGCUGCUGCAGCUGCAGAGCACGCUGGACUCUGAAAGGAGGUGCUACAGCCAGGGAUCAGAGGAGAUCCACGAGCUGCAAGUGCGGACGACUGGUCUUCAGGAGGACAAUAAGAACUUGAAACUCGGCCUGUCCAAAGUGGAGGCGGAACGCAAGCAGGCCCAGGAGAGGAGAAACAACCUGGAGAAGGAGAAGAACAACCUGGAGAUUGACCUGAACUACAAGCUGAAGACUCUGCAGCAGCGUUUGGACCAGGAGCACACAGAACACAGAGUGACGCGGGCCCAGCUCACUGACAAAUAUGAGUCCAUUGAAGAGGCCAAGUCAGCUGCCAUGCAUGCGGUGCAGCAGAAGGUGUCGGAGGAGAGCGGGGCGAGGAUGCGAGCGGAGAGCAGGGUGGUGGAGGUGGAGAAGCAGUGCUCCAUGCUGGAGUUUGACCUCAAGCAGUCAGUGCAGAAGAUGGAGCAGCUGAUGAAGCAGAAGGAGAGGCUGGAGGACGAGGUGAAAGGUCUACGGAUGCAGCUGGAGCAGGAGUCCAGUAAGAGGCUGCUGGCCCAGAACGAGCUGAAGAGCCGCUCGCAGGAGGCCGACCGGCUGAAGGGCUCGGAGAAGCAGCUGAAACAGGAGAUCAACGCGGCACUAGAGAGCAAACGGUCGCUCGAGUUCCAGCUCGCACAGCUCACCAAGCAGUACAGGGGCAACGAGGGACAGAUGAGGGAACUUCAGGACCAGCUUGAGGCCGAACAGUAUUUCUCAACGCUUUAUAAAACUCAGGUGAAGGAACUGAAAGAGGAUAUUGAGGAGAGGAACCGGCAGGUCCAGGAAGUUCAAAAGAAGGUGCAGGAGCUGCACAGCGAAAGGGACUCCCUGUUGGCCCAGCUGGAUCUGACAGUGACCAAGGCGGAGUCGGAGCAGCUGGCCAGGGCGCUCCAGGAGGAGCAAUACUUUGAGCUGAGCCAGGAGAACAAGAAGACCACGGCCAGACACAAGCAGGAGGGCACCGAGAAGGAUGCCACCAUCGCACGGCUUGAGGAUUCCAACAAAACCCUGACCAAAGAUGUGGAGAACCUCAGCAAGGAGAAGGCCGAGCUGAACAACAAACUUCGCAUUCAGGAGGAAGAGUAUGCCUCCCAGAAAGAGGAGAUUACAAACGCAAUCAAGGCCAACUACGAGAAGGUUCUCAGCACAGAGCGCACGCUCAAGACUCAGGCGGUGAACAAGCUGGCAGAGAUCAUGAACAGGAAGGAUAUGAAGCUGGACACCAAGAAGAAGGGCAACACGACCGACCUGAGGAAGAAGGAGAAGGAGAACCGCAAGCUGCAGCUUGAGCUCAAACAGGAGAAGGACAAGUUCAACCACAUGGCCAUUAAGUACCAGAAGGAGCUCAGUGAGAUGCAGGCGCAACUGUCCGAGGAGUGCACGUACCGCAACGAGCUGCAGAUGCAGCUGGACAGCAAGGAGAGUGACAUCGAGCAGCUGAGGGAGAGGCUCAACGACCUGCAGCUGCGCAUGGACAACUCCAGCGUCACCAGCCUGCAGAUGGACGAGACGGACAGCAACAUCGCCGAAUCCAGACUGGAAGGGUGGCUGUCCAUUCCUAAUAAACCUAAUAUCAAACGAUAUGGCUGGAAGAAGCAGUAUGUGGUGGUGAGCAGCAAGAAGAUUCUGUUCUACAACGAUGAACAGGACAAAGAACAGUCCAACCCCUCCAUGGUACUAGAUAUCGACAAACUGUUCCACGUGCGUCCAGUCACCCAGGGUGAUGUGUACCGUGCAGAGACCGAGGAGAUCCCAAGGAUAUUCCAGAUCCUGUAUGCCAAUGAGGGGGAGUGCAGGAAGGAGGCGGACAUGGAGACGGUCUCGCAGGGCGACAAGACCAACUGCCUGCCCCACAAAGGGCAUGAGUUCAUCCCCACGCUUUACCACUUCCCAACGAACUGCGAGGCCUGCGCCAAGCCCCUGUGGAACGUCUUCAAGCCCCCACCUGCCCUGGAGUGCCGCCGCUGCCACGUCAAGUGCCACCAGGACCACCUCGACAAGAAGGAGGACGUCAUUGCCCCCUGCAAAGUGAACUACGACGUGACCUCUGCCCGGGACAUGCUCCUGCUAGCUCUGACCCAAGACGAGCAGAAGAAAUGGAUUGGCCACCUGGGCAAGAAGAUCCCCAAAACACCGCCCUCCUCCUUCCUGAGGGCGUCGCCUCGCACCAUGUCCACCCGCCCCGCACCCAACCAGUCCUUCCGCAAGAACCCCAAAAGCAUCACAGGCAAGCCAAGCUAACCAUCUGAACCAUUGGAUUCUAUUGGGACUUUGUGUUUUUUUCUUUCCCACCUCACAAAAACAGGAGGGUCCCUAUUUGGUAUCAAAGUCAAUUAAAGCAAUCUGACCAGCGCUGGAAAUUUGGGAUAGUUAUCUGACAUAAGGCAUCAGGGACAUUGAAAAGGCCUGCUAUUCCCCCCUCACCCCCUCUUCUCCUACCCUCACCCUCACCCUCACCCUGGAACCUCAACUAAGACUCCCUCAUCCAGCCACCACAUACUUGCAACUCUUUGUUUCUUCCAGAAGAUGGCGUGGCUCGUCGUUCCAAAACGUGGGACUUGGGACCUGAAUGGGAGAUGGAAAGACAGAGCGAGGGGCUCGUGACAUGCUGUGGGUAGUACAUCUUCCAUGUCAGGAAUAGGAAGGGUUUAUGGUUGAAUAAAUGACUGAAGGUUUUGCUGGGACUCUUGCAUGUAAACAUGGUCAACGUUGAGGUACUGUAGUACAGGGAUUGGCUUAACUCUGUGGAGAAUGGGUACAUCUCGGGGGAAAGUAAAUGUGUGUCCCCCCCGCCCCCGUCUGAGAAAACAGAUACUCUGUUUCCAUCUAAAUUGACUUCAAUGCCUUUGACUGAUGGACUCUGGUGGCCUUUGCUUCGAUCCCUCAUUACUUGGCACUCCAGCUAUAUCAGGGGUCAGUUGAGACAGAGUAUGUAUUGGGAACUGAGUAUUAGAUGUUUUUCAGUAUUGAGUGAGGAGCGUGCAGGAUCAUUUAAAUCUAUGCAUUAUUUUUUAUGAAUUAUUGUAAUUGCUCCAAGCCAUAAGCAAAUUCCAUUGUAAUGGCGGAUAGGAGACCUAAAAAGUAUUUUCUUUUUCUUUGUGUAUUCUUUGGGUACAUUGUUUUCUGUAAUAUUGUAUUUUUUUUGUAUGUAUUGCCUUACAUUGACUCAUAGAUAAAUGGCUCAAAAGGAAAACAUUAAGUUAACAAAUGUAAAACUGCACUGUUUGAAUUGUAAAUUAUUUGUAGAAGACUUAACCAGGUGUAGCAUUUGGCCCACCUAGUGCCUUAAUGUUUGGAUAAUGAAUCUACUGCCAUAUCUGUUUUGUGUUUAUCUCCAAAAACAAGACAAAUCCAAACUCUUCCAUUUAAAAAAAAAAAUCUAUUUCAUUGUGGUUUUAUCAGAACAUUUCCUGUCUGGUUGGAGUAUAUUUUGAAUGCCUCUUUAUAGACUCAUUGCAAUAGUGUAAUUUGUCAACACAAAGUACCCAGAGUCCAGUAUCUAUUUCACAACAGUUUCUGGAUGGUGUACCUUGACGAAGGCUUGUUAAAAAUGCAGUUAUAAUUAUAUUCAUAUGGUAACGUCCCAUUCACGCAAAUCCAGCUGUGUACAUCAUUUGAAGAUACAAAAAAAAAUUAUCAUGAAUAAACCGCUAAUUCUAAAUGUUUUUUUUUGUUUAAGUAAGAAGAGGGUGAGGGGGAAGCACUGGAACUAUGACCUACUUACUCUAUUUUGUCUUGGAUGAAUCGCAUGUUUAAUUGCAUUGGAGGCCGCACUGAUGGAUAUGUGUCAAUAAACAUAUCUUUAUCUAUAA